UGAUGAUGUUUUAUUGCUCAACAAGUGUGUGAUUAGCAGGGAAGGGGUGGGGGGUGAAUUACACGAGGUGGGGACUGCUGCGAUCAGAUGAUGGUGCUAUAAACCCACCUCCCUCUCAACUCCUUUCCUUUUUUCCCCUUUCCCUGCUCUCGACAGUGUUGUUAUUUUUUUCUCGUUUUCCUCGCUUGAUCUUCUUCUCACAGCUCCGGAUUGCCGCUCUGGUUUCCAGCUCCGUUGUCGCUUCUUGUGGGUACUACUUCAUCUAGCCAUCCCCACCACGGCGUGUUAUCACCUACUUUCUCUUUUCUGUUCUCUCAUCUACCCUUCUCUCUCUCUUUAUCUCUCUGAGAGGCCUGCACGGUCCGUAUCCUGGACUUUGCCACUUGCAGGUCUGUCUGUCUGAGCCGCACGAAUCAUUCAACUCCAGUUGCGGUUCGUGUCUCGGUGCAAACGUAUACGCUCAGGAAGAGUUUGGGUAGCAAAUCGUGGGGUAUGUGUGUGUGUGUGUGAGUAAGUGAGUGAGCGGUUCCCAGUGGUCUGGGUUGUUUGAAGUUUCUGCUCCGAACUGCAGCUCGCGAACCUCGUUUUCAUUCUGGACGCGUUUGCAUCAGGGGUAGCAUUUACUGGAAGCUUGAACUUGAAGCCAUGGAUAUCGUAUAAAAGAGUGCCGUGGUUUCCUUUGAUAUUUACCUUCGCAAAAAAAUCCGCACGCCAUCCGAGGGCUGGCAGGAUCGGGUUAUAUGAACCCUUGUUAAAAGUCGAAUUCGGCUCAUUUUGAUAGAUCAGGGAAGCCCCGGGCGUUGAGGUGAACACCGGUGAUUCCGCCCAGUGGUUGGAUCAACGAGUGUCGGUAACCAGCUUGACCUUUGAUCACGAUGUUUCCGAUGAAGAAAUACAUGAGUCCGGGGACGUUUCAACAACGACCCCGAUCCACCGGCAGUUUGUACAUACCUGAAAAACUUCAAUCUCCUUACGGCAGUGUCAUGAAUGGAGGAGACAUGGUUCCUCUCAGCCCAGCCGAUCCCAAGCCCCGCCUGCGCUGGACCCCCGAGCUUCACGAACGCUUUGUUGACGCCGUUACCCAGCUCGGAGGGGCUGACAAGGCAACUCCGAAGUCCGUAAUGCGCAUCAUGGGUGUGAAAGGGCUUACUCUUUACCACUUAAAGAGCCACCUUCAGAAAUACAGGCUUGGCAAGCAGCUCACAAGGGACCAACACUUCCAUAAUAAAGAUGGCAAUUCAGAUUUACAACGAUCAAAUUCUCUGUCAGAUGGUGGGAUGGCUCAGAAAUCUCAAAAUAUGCAACAUGGCUUGCAAAUGUCAGAGGCAAUCCAAUUACAGCUGGAAGUCCAGCAGCGGUUACAAGAUCAAUUAGAGGUUCAACGACACCUACAGAUGCGUAUUGAAGCUCAAGGCAAAUACUUGCAAGCGAUUCUGCAGAAAGCGAAAGAAACUCUGGCCAGCCACACAUCUGAAUCCCCGGGCUUAGAAGCUGCUCAUGCAGAACUCACGGAACUAGCCUCCAAGGUGACCACGGUGGGAUAUCUCUCUGAUUUCUCGAACCUCGGCAUGCCACCGAUGGCUCAGCCCGACCCACUCAUGGCUCUUCAUGAAUUACCUCGGCAGCCAUCUCGAAAUUCGGACACUUCGUCGCAGAAGAGCUUCCUCACAAACCUCACAGGCAACGCCGAGGACAGCGGGGCAGUUUCCGGCAGCGGGGAACCUCGCGGCCUAACGGAGGAUGAGGAUGGUGUUGGGCAGGAGUCAUCUGCACAAUUUCACGAAGAGAUGAGUGCUAACCGCCUGCACCCGCAGGGAUCCGGCAAUUCUAGAGGCUUUCAAGGUGGCCUUGCUCAUGCCGCUACCACAACGGCUCUUGCAGGAGUAGUGCCUUCAUCCUCGUCACAUUGCAACCCUAUUACCAGCUUUUGGCACAUGAAUUCCUUCCAGAAUAUGACGUCUUCGCCCAUGAGCGGAUCCUUGUGUGAAGUUGUUCAAGACUAUCGCACCGACAACAGUAACCCAAAUCAGCUUGCGAACAGUUUGAUCAUGGAGCGGCUAUCGUCGUCCCAGGGUGUGGGGAUCCACCAUUUGAGCGGCAUGCACCACACACAAAAUGGGCUGGGAUUUAUGCACGGUGGAAGCACGAGUGCUAGUUAUACGAGCUUGCAGGAUCUGUACUGCAGCUCUGGCGACACUUUGCGCGGCGGACUUGUCAAGGCGGAGAUGAAUCUCGCUGAGCGAAACCACAUCAUACAGUGUAGAGGUAGUGAGCUUGACUUGAAUUCCGGAUGGGAGAGGUACAUUUCCUCGUGAAUUGAAUGUGCCCAUCUGACUUUGACCAAGUGUAACGAUUAGCUAGAGUUUGUCUACAUCGCUGCAAUCCGAGCGAUCGAUUAGCAGCGCCCGGGGGUGCCUCGAAUUUGCGCCACCAAGUUAUUGCAAAGACAUUGUUUUGGAAUGUAGAGGAACCAAGUCACGUGAUAGACAGGAGGGUCCUCAGUUACGCCUGUAGGAAAGUGGUUACUCAGUUGCUUCCAGGCGUAUCAAGCUGGGCACUUGCUCGUCUCAACAUGGACGAGCUUCUGCUCGAAAUGCCCGGAUGGUUAAGUUAGAUGAUCAUAAACACACUACGACUCAUGAUUACGUAGAUAUAGAGGGACUUGAAAGUCUGUUGUACAGUGAAGCUUGAAAGGUAGAGAGCAUAAGAGAGCAUCAUAUCACGUCGACAAUGUUGAAGGAAGCAGCGACAUCGUUAUGAGUGCCGAGAGACAUAGAAUGUUAAGAGUCAACAAAUCAGUGUAAUAUAGAUCACUCAACAGCAGUGGCAUGUAUUAUUGAUGAAAUCCGACUUCUGCGACAAAGCAUGGGCACGUUGUACAUUUUAUAAGAACGUUUUCCCUGGACUCAAUCAAAAGUGUUCUAGUAGUUCACAGUUA